ACCUGCAAAGGCAAAUUUGCUAUCUGGCACCGUGGCCGCCACCGGGCCAUCGCCCAAGCGCCAGCCAUGAUGGAGUCGGGGCGCAAGCGGGUAGAGCAAAAGGGCCGCUUCACGAUUACAGAGAUCAUCCCUGGGUCGCCGUACUCGACGCGGCUGUCGUCUCCCACGUUUCAGGACGACGCGGUGUCGGUCUCGGAUUUCCCAGCAUCGAUCGAUGCUCCUGUGUCUACAGGCAGCUGCAGCGAAGUUGCUAGCAUCCAGCCGCAGUCUACAUCUCUCCAGCAACUUAAGUUGGCGGAGAGCAAUGGCGUCGAAAAGAUCGCGAUCAAUGGAGCUGUGGAACCUGCUCUAACGAUGGAGUUGCUAUCGGAGACACAUACCCAGCCGCCCGAGACAGUCUUGGUGCCGCCCGUGCCCAUCGAAGCGAACGUGGCUGCCGGUCUUGCAGCCGAGCCGGAAGCUUCUACGGGGGAUUCCGUGGGCGAGGUGUCGACCGCUACGACUGCCAGUGCGACGGCAGCGCCCGGUUCGCCAUCGCGAAAGUACUCGUCUCCAAAGAAAACGGUGCAGGGUGCCCGCCGGGUCAAACGCAGAGGACGCUUCACCAUUAUUGAACUUGCAUCCGACUCACCAACCUCCAGGAAGAACGCCGACGACCUGUACGAUCAUCGCUUUGUGACCACGACGUCGAUAGCAGGAACUUCCGUUGAAAUCGCCCCAAAGCUGGACAACCAGCUUAGUCGAAGCUCCGACAACAUCGAGCGUCGCAGCAAACCGAAGCGAGCGACUCGCUCCAUGCCGCGUCUUCGACAAACUUCUUCUUCCAUGCGUCGAUACCGGCGACGAAGCGAAAGCCCAACUCGUGAGUUGGUUGAGUCUGUGAAUGUGGUGGAUCCCAUCGGAAACCAGCAUCAGCAGCAGGAAGCGACAGCUUAUACACAACUGAAGACGUUGGCAGUGACCGAGAACUCGGAUCCUCUGACUAAUGGAUCCUUGACCGGGGCCAUUGCAGCUUCAGCUGGCACUGCAAUCGCAUCGAGCACCAGCAAUGCAGGAUCGGUGUCUAGCUUGGCUAUCCCGGACUGUGAUGCAGCUGUCACGAUCACUCCAACUUCGGUUCGCCCUGCCACACCGUCGUCUCAGCUCAUGAAUGUUCCCGAGACCAACGGUAGUGUCGUCAACCUACCACAAACUUCAGUUACCAUCUCGACUACCCAAUUCCUGCACCAACAGCAAACGAUAGCUUCGCUUAUUCGACAACAGCAUGAUCUAAAGCAGAUCAUUAACGUGCUUCAAGAGCAGCAACAUCAACUCAUGACCAUCCCAACGCAGAUCAACGAACUCAAGCGUCAAAGAGCCAACCUCAACAUUGGAGAGACGAGAGACGAAGAAAUGCGAGAACUGCACAAGAAGGUCGACAAAUUGACGCAAGCCAAUGAAUCUCUUCACUCACUGAUUAACGCUGCCGAGCGUGAGGCGCGUCAUCGAACCUUGGAAAUCGAGUGCUUGUCGGAAGAGAACGACGAGUUGAGGCACCGCUGUGGACAGCUCGAAACGCGCUACAUGGACGAGCGCAAGCAGAGCUUCGUAUUGGAGGAGGAGGUCCAGCGGCUGCGUAUGCUGUCUCUGACUCUACAAGAGCAGCAACUUCGUCAGCAACAGCAGAGCCAAGCAACUCACGCAGCAGUGUAAAGAGUGUUUUUGCCAGUGUUCCCAAAAGUUUCAAGUGACUAAAUACGAAUUUCAACUUUUUGCUUUUUAAUGCCUCGUCGCAAAGAAAACAGGGCUCAUUUUGAAAUCGGAGAGAAAAUAUGAACGCGCAGGGGCAAGAAAAAUGUACUGAAAAUGUCGGAAGCGCUAGCAACGACAUUGAAAGCGCAUUCACAACGAUGGUGCAGCGGUGGCUUGUUAAAGGGUCUAAUGGUGAGUGGCAGCUUGCUAAGUCAAAAAAGCAAACCGGUACCGCAAAGUUGACCCAACGGCGAGAAAUUGCUAAAAAGCAAUCAGAGCAAGUUGCUCAGUUCACUACGCAAGUCAAAAACGUUAGUAUCCGG